CGCUAUAGCAAAUAUUGUACCGCGUAAUAUUUUUUUUGGGAGACUUGGCAAGCAAAUACCAACAAACAAGAUAAAGGCAUGUCUCAGAAACUCGACUCAUCCCGAAACCAGUACCCUUGAUAGCAGAACAAUGAGUCUGACAGAAAAAAAUAUAUACUCCACAAAAGUGCUGGAGAGUCGGGGGGAUGAUCCCAUCCCAUCAUGGCCUUUGACCCUCGGAUUGUUAUUGGACCGAUGCAAGUUGGUUCGCUCUUGAGUGCAGUGUUCUACGGCUGCCUUAUUUCGCAAAUCUACGUGUAUUUUAAACUGUUCCCAACAGAUCCUCGAGGCUUUAAAAUCGCCGUCACAGCUCUUGGAAUUUGGCAACUAGGCCACUUCAUCUGCUUAAUUGUCACGCUUUGGACCAUGACAGUGACUGCCUAUGGUCAACCAUCUAUACUCGAUACUCUUCCGGUCGGAACAAAAAUUCUGCUCUUGCUUAGCAGCUUCACGUGCUCUACUGUGCAGUCGUUUUACACCCAUAGACUCUGGAAGCUUUCUAAAAUCAUCAUCCUACCACUUAUCUCAGGAAUACUUGGUGUAACUGCGCAGGUUGCAGCUUUCAUUUUCGUCGUCCGCGCGUUUCAUAUGGCCAACCUCAAAACAUUCGGAGAGGAUCAGCACUUCAUCAUCGCAUUCGCAGCCAUCUCCCGUUCGGCAUCUGACAUUUUCACUACCAUCAGUAUUGCCGCCAUCCUGAAGAAGCAAACAUUGUACGUUCCGGGCGUUUCGGUGACGGCUAAGAUAGCUGACAGGAUAAUUUCGUGGACACUUGAAACCUGUUUGGUAGCUAGUUUAGCGACGUUUUCAAUCGCCGUACUGCUCCUUACUUUACCAAAUAGUUGGUUCCAUUUUUUUGCGUUUUGUUGUUGUUGUAUUCACACCCUUUAGAUGCCUGGUUUGGUCUAUAUCUUAUCAAUUCCAACGUAAUUGCGAAUUCGCUACUGGCAUGGUAAGACAAAUCAAACCCCCAUGCCUACAAAAUAUUGACUCGAUCUCGAAGGCUCAAUCGCCGGUUCACGUUCGUACGUGAUGAUUCAGAUUUAACAUUAUGCUCGACUAUCGCCUUUGCUGGGUGAUCUGUGUCCAUACAAGGCCACUAGUCACAAAAUUUGUUCUCUGUAACUCCGUCUCGUCGCCCCUCCUUGAGAGGAGAGAUGUCGACUCCUAAAAUUCCUUGUAUUUGCCUUGUAUUUCUUUCCCACUUGUGUGUAUCACUUGACUUGU